CAUUUAUUGGUUAAUCUUGGCGUGGGUCUACAAGGUAAUGACCUGUCAAAAAAAAUACAUUUACAAGAAGUCAGAUACUCAGGUUGCAGUACAGGCCAGUACUAUAAAUAACCCCAUGGGAUUAAGGAGCUGCAUGCAUUCUACCAGCGGAUUCCUCCGCGCCAACCUUCACCGUUUGCUAUAUAGCUUGCCACAAAGAAAGGAGAUCGAGAUGGCCAGAAUCGUGAGCACGACGGCGGGGAUGAUGAAACCCCUCGUCGGCAAGCUCGCGAUGCUGAUGGGCGACGACUACAAUAUGCUCACCGGGAUGAGGACGCAGGUGUCCUUCCUCGAGAAAGAGCUCAGCGCCAUGAGCGCCGCCCUGGAGAAGAUGGAGCUCAUGGACGACGAACACUUCGACCCGCAGGCCAAGAACUGGAGGGACCAUGUCAGGGAGAUGUCCUAUGACAUGGAGGACUGCGUCGACGACUUCAUGAGAGACCUCGGAUCUGCCAACGCCACUUCUUCAGGCUUCGUCCAGAAGAUCACCCAGUUCUUCCAGACAAUGUGGGCAUCUUACCAGAUCGGCCGCCGGAUCGAGGAGCUCAAGGUCCUCGCGCUUGAGGCGAAUGAACGGCGCCUGAGGUACAAGAUUGAUGAUUAUAUCAAUUCUGCCUCCGGCGUCGUUCCCAUCGAUCCCCGGAUCUCGGCGAUCUACCAGGAGGCGGCAGGUCUUGUGGGUAUCGAUGGCCCAAGGGAAGAACUUGUCGGCUGGUUGAAAGAUUCAAGCAGAAAACUCAAGGUGGUGUCUAUUGUGGGGUUUGGAGGUCUGGGGAAAACCACGCUUGCCAAACAAGUGUAUGAUGAGAUCCGAGGGCAGUUUGGCUGCAAGGCGUUUGUUCCGGUUUCUCAAAGACCUGAUAUGACAAGCCUCCUCACUGGCCUGCAAUUGAAGCUUGGGAUGGAGGAGUCUUCUCGUGUUCAUGAGCUGCAAGACAUCAUUGACAAUCUUAGAAAAUAUCUCACAAAUAAGAGGUACCUUAUUGUAGUUGACGACCUGUGGGAUCACUCUGCAUGGAACGCAAUUAGUUGUGCCUUUCCAGAGAAUGGUACAGGGAGUAGAAUAAUAGUGACCACACGAGUAGAAGAUGUUGCUCGUGGGGCUUGUUUCAAUCACCGUGAGUGCAUUUAUAGAAUGAAGCCACUCAAAGAGGAGGAGUCAAGAAGGUUAUUCUUUAAUAGAGUAUUUGGGUCCGAAGAUGCCUGCCCACAGCAAUUUGAAGAAAUCUCGGAUGAAAUUCUGAAGAAGUGUGGUGGACUGCCACUUGCAAUCAUCACUAUAGCUAGUCUGUUAGCCAGUCAUCAAGCAGGAUCAAGAAGCGACUGGGAGAGCAUCAGGAAUUCUCUGGGUGCCAAGUUUGCCACAAAACCCACACUGGAAGAGAUGAGGAGUAUACUAAACCUUAGCUACAUGCAUAUUCCUCUUCAUCUUCGUGUAUGUUUUCUAUACCUUGGUAUGUAUCCAGAGGACCAUGAGAUCAACAGGGAUGAUCUGGUUCGGCAAUGGAUAGCAGAAGGCUUCGUCAAUCAUUUGCAUGGAUCAGAUUUGGAGGAUGUUGGUAAGAGCUAUUUCAAUGAGCUUAUCAACAGAAGCAUGAUUCAAUCUGGUUCAAUCAAGUAUGGGGAGGUUGUGUCAUGCAGGGUGCACGAUAUGAUGCUUGACUUGAUCCUAAGCAAGUGUGCAGAAGAUAAUUUUAUAUGCGUGGCAUAUAAUUCUGAAGAUGUGGCGAGAAUGCAUGGUUCGGAGUACAAGGUCCGUCGGCUGUCCUUGGGAUCUAGUUCUGGGGAUGCAACAUCAAGGGCCAUUGAUACAAGCAUGUCACAAGUCAGAUCAUUCUCCCGGUUUGGAGAGUCCAAGUAUGCACCUCCUCUCACACGGUUUAAGCAUCUCCGGAUGCUUCUCUUCAAGAUCCCAUACAAGAGGAACAUGAUCGUGGACCUCACUGCUAUCGGACAAUUGUUCCAACUGAGGUAUCUACAUGUUUCAGCAGAAUCAGGCUGCAUAGAGCUCCCUGCUGAAGUUCGAGGGCUUGUUAAUCUGGAGACACUGGAGAUAUAUGCCCGAUUGGAGGGGAGCCUCCCGUCAGAUAUCUAUCUCUUGUCUCGCUUGACCCGUCUGAUUCUUCCAUACCGUGUGAAGCUGCCUGAAAGGCUCAAGAACAUGAAAUCACUGCACACCCUGUGUUGUUCUAACACCUGGGAGAGCUCUCUGGAGGACCUCAAGGGCCUCGGCGAGCUGCCCAACAUAAGGGAGCUGUCGAUGUGCACUUACCAGCGGGACAUGGUGGACGGAGCCGUCGACGCUUUGCUCUACUCCGUUGGAAGCCUCCGGAAGCUCAGAUCCCUCAGCCUCAACUGCAGGUUCUCCGUAAAUUAUGAUGAAGCCAGGCACACGAUAACCAACCCUCCCCCAUUCAUCGAGAAGCUGAUCCUCCGAGGACGGAGGUUCAACAGGGUUCCCAGGUUCAUCGGUGAACUUCGUUUUCUCCGCAGCGUGUCUAUGCACGUCGUGCAGUUCCCGACUGAUGAGGUUCAUGUCGUUGGGAACCUGUCCUCCCUUGUCAAGCUCCGGAUCUGGGAUAUGCAUGUCCCCGAAGACGGGGCUGCUGUAAUCGGCGCAGGGCUGUUCCCCGCCCUGGAGGUUCUUGUGCUCGUCUCUGACGAUGAUGAUGUCACGGCUUGCAUGAAGUUCGAGGCAGCAGGGGUGAUGCCCAGCCUGCGACGGCUCACUCUGAGGUUAUGUCAUAGCUGGCGCGGUGCUGCACCGGUCGGCCUGGAGCACCUGUUGGCCCUCGAGCAGAUCCGUUUGGAGAUCAGCUCAUCCGUCCAUGAGCACCAUAGUCUUGCUGAGUCUACCUUCAGGAUCGCCGCAGAAGCGCACCCGAGACAUCCUUCAGUUAUGAUUAAUGUCUUGUGAUGAACCGGCCUGCUUUGUAAGUUAAAUUAAAUAGUGUCCCUCCCAGGACGGACAAGGACCCAGGGUCCAAGUCCACUUAGUUAUUUUAAGUAUCUGAGAGUCUGGGUUUGGAGAUAGAAAGGUUUCGUCCCGUAGAAGGUUUUCCCUACUGUUUUCAAAUCUUAUAUCUAUAUAUAUAUUUCAGAGUUUGUAAUUAUUUGGUCAUA